CAUGUCUCUAAAUAUAUAUAGGGAUAGAGCAAGAGAACAAGCCGGUGUUCGGUACAUAACUGAGGAUCUAAUUAAAAAAGUUUCUGGUCAUGAACACCUAAGUACAAUAGUCUCAUUAAAUCUAUGCGUUUCUAAAAAAGGAGGGAAAAAAAUCAGAUUUAUUGAGGGUCUUGAGGGAUUAAAAAAUAUCCAGUCACUAAAUCUGAGCUAUAACGCUAUUGAGAAUAUUGAACGCUUGGGGAAAUUAAGUAACCUGAGAGAGUUGAAUUUAUCGUACAAUAAUAUCUCAAGCAUUCAAAAUUUGGAAAGUCUCUUACAAUUACAGAUUCUAAAUUUGGCUGGUAACAAUAUACAAGUUAUACCGAAUUCCUUAACAAAGAAACAGAAAUAUUUAACAUCAAUUAACCUCAGCGAAAAUAGAAUAAAUUCGAUUGAUGAAUUUAUUAAAUUAAGAGCUCUUACUCAUCUAACUGAUUUAAGCGCUGAAGAGAAUCCUUGCUCAACUUUACCCCACUUUAAACUUUUAUUAAUCUUUCAUCUUAGAACGCUAAAUACAAUUGACGAAAUAGACAUAACGAAUUCUGAUCGAGAAAAUGCUCAAAAGAGAUUUUCUCUUGAUGAAUUGCGUAGAGCAGAAUUGGAAAUAGAAAAAUUAGCAAACGAAAAUCGUGCCUUACAAGAGAUGAGGGAACAAAAUGAAAAAAUUAUACAGCAGCAAAAGAAUAAAGAAACGUCACUAAACGAUGAAAUUAGGCAAUUAAGAAAGAACCUUUCCCGUUUAGAAAGAGAAACAAAUGACAAAGAAACAGCGAUUAAGAAAAAAAAUGCGGAAAUAGCAAAAGCUGCUGAGAAACACUAUGAAUUAGAGCAAGAAGUAGCUUUUUAUAAAAUUGAUCACAAGUUUGGAGUUUUAGGAAGAGUAUCACCAGUUCCACAUUAUUCAACUGAUGAAAAUGAUACAUUUGGAGAAUCACCCUAUCUAGGUAAAGGUCGAUUCAAACAAGGUGAAAGGCACAUUUUCAGAAGACCCGGUGAUGAAGAAUAUGUGGAUCCUGAUGAACUUCAACGAAUGCAAGAUGAAUUAGAUAAACAAUUGGCCGAAAAAAAUGAAGCCAUUGAGAAAGCUCAAUUGCGUUUGCAACAACUGAAUGACCAGCUGUACCAAACUGAACAUAGAAUAGCCAAGGCCACCUCUGAACUAGAUAAUUUAGCUCAAGAGCAGAAAGCAGCUCACGAGGACCGGAAAGAGAAAGAAGUUAUAAGGAACAAGCUUGCCAAAAAGAUUGAAAAAGUUCGAAAAUUAAAAAAGGAAGCUGAAAAAAUAGAAAAAGAGAUGAAGAAUACUGAGCAAGAUCUUGGAGAACAGGAGAAAGACCUAUUUGAUAUUAAAGGCAGACUGUCUCGCAUGAGCUCAAGAGACUCUUUAUACAAUGGCCUAAGGAAAGAAAUGGUUGAUAAACAGCAGCAACUAGAGAUGACCUCAGACGAGUAUGAACAGCUGCGAAAUCAAUUAGAGCAAAUGUUAAUGAUGAUUGCACGUGAAACGGCGGAGAUUCGCAGAUUAGAGCACGAACUGAGAGAUGCAUGGAUCUCUCAAAACGAGGAAGUUAAAGACGAAUUGAAUUCAGUUAUCGAAGGCCUUCAAAGUUAUUUAGGAAACGUUAAAAAUGAACGCGCGAAAGAGCAGGAGGAACGACGGGAACUAAUUCGAGAUCGCGAACAAUUGAAAAGAGAAUUAGAAGUGGUACACGAACAAGUAGAAAAAGGAACUUCUGCGGAGAGAAUACUAAAAAGAAAAGUAGAUCAACUGCACGACCAGUUAAGUACAACACAGCGAAAUUUAUCUGAAGCUGUCGACAAACAUCGCAGGCAAACAUCAGAUGCUUCUGCCCAAAUGCAAAAGCAGCUGGAAGUCGAAAGACAAGCCUUGAGAAAAGAAAUGGAAACCAAGCAAAAAGAGAGCGAUCUCUAUGAACAAGAGAUGCAACAGCAAUUAGACGCACUUAGAAAGCAUUUUAAUGACGAAAGGGGAAAGUAUGAACAAGAGCUAAAACGCCGCGUAGAUCAAAACGCUAAACGAGAAAAUGAGAUCGAAUCAGAUUUAAACAAUUUACAAAACACAAUAGAACAUUUAAAGAAACAAAUUGAAAGCGAAAGAAAUCUCUUUCACUCUCAACUUCAGGAACUGUCGGCUUUAAAUGAAGAUAGAAAUGCCGAUGAAGAGGCUCUAAGGAAUAAAUUUGCUAAAUUAGAAGUUUCGUAUGCAGAUGCUAUUUCUAAAUUGGUAGAUCCAGCCGUUGUGCAGGCUAAACUGGAAGAGGUCACGUACUCUCUUGAAAAUGGAAAAGUUAAAUCGCCCACUCUCACCGAAUACGAUAAUCGGUUAGAUCCAAUUGUAGAACAACUAACUGAUCAUAUAAAAAGAAGAGAGGAGGCUUUUGAGCAAGAAAAGGAAAAGGAGUUAAAUCAUCAAGACGCGUACAUUAGAGAGUUGGAGGACACAGUCACGCAACUGGAAAAUCACAACACAAAACAAGAAAAAGAAAUAAGACACCUGAGAGAAUUGGUUGAAAACUUACAAAAUAGACCAACACCUCAGCCAGCUCCUUCCGUUCAACGCUCAAAACCUGCAUUAUCCAGAAGAGUUAACACCGCUGUAAGCAUACAAGCGGAAUCACGUUCUACUUACAACACCUCUGAGUGGUCACAAGUUAAGAAUGAGUUGUACGAGGCAAUGAAUCCCGAUGAACAAGAACUUUUCGACGAAUUACAAGAGGAAAUUGAUGAAUUAAGAGAACUUUUAGUCUUAUUAGCUAAACGUAAUCAAAACCAACAAAUUACUAAGGAAGCUAAUAAUCGCGUUGACCGUAUACAAGAUUUAGUCAGCGAGAUAAGUUCCAGACGAUCAAUUGGAGUAGGAAGUUCCUAUGAAUCUGGUGAUAAUAUAGAAUCAUAUCCACCUCGACAACAUGCGCCUCAAAGCAAAGACACAAAUUUAACCAAUAGAAUUGAUAGGUCAAUGUCCUAUGGUACUUCUCCAUCUAAGGAAAAAAAGCGUCUUUCUCGCAAAGUUGUGGACGGUAUUGAUUUUUUUGAAGAUAAUUCUCGUCGGCCAAGAUCACAGAGUGCUGAUAGUUACGGUUAUCCGCGAGAUAGACGAAAAACAAAUUUAAAUAGGCCAAGACAGCUAGAAACUGUCAGUGAACACGCUUCUGAGGUGACUAGAAGUCGCUCAAUGACUAAUAUUCCAUUCCAAGAACCUUUACAUGAAGAAUUAGCUCCUGUAAGAAAGACAAGAGCCUUGUCAGAUACUUAUCAUCCUGCUGAUAUGUAUCCAGAGUCUUAUUCUCAUGAUCCUUACUAUAAUCCGUCAAGAAAAUACGAUCCAAAUCAACAAAACUACUUUCCUGACCCAAGGACAGUGGCGGAAGCUGGUCAUGGAAGUCAUAAUCCAACUGUAAAUGAAGGAGUACCUUUAUCAAAUGCUCAGUAUAUGGCAGCUGAUAACGAAUUUUCAAAUCAAUCCAGGCAAGCUGGACCAAAAUUCGAUAAUUCUCAACUCUAUCAUUCAUGUCCAACGUCUCUAAAUCACCAAUCGCAACAUUUUCCCCAUCAGAAUUCACAUACACCAAAACAAGUCGAUCCUCAGAAUUAUAAUCAUCAUGCUAAUUUAAACAAUCCAAAUUCUGCCUUCCCACCACAUGUACAAAAACCCCUAAGUCGUUACCCAACAGAACGCCUACAUGUUGGGGGGAUCGUUCCGGAAAGUCAUAUUACAAACGAAACCGCACGACCUGCACCUCAAUUUAGUCACAUUCCAAUGUCGAAUUACACCUACGGUCAGCCUCAAGCUGUUGGAGACUACGUAGAACCUCAUUAUUCACCUCAAGUAAUGACCCCAGGCCGUGUCAUCGAAUCUCAACAACCAGCUUUAUUUUCCCAUCAGGAACCGGAGGUGCGACAAGAGGGGCCAAGUGGAUUUGUACCUUUUACUGGAAAUAGUAAAGUCUCCUUGCCCUCUUAUCUCUUACAACCAAGUCCAAAGGCUAAUAAAAAACGGAGCGCUCCAAGUACAGAUAUGCAAAAAUCAUUGUAUUGCAAUAUUAAAGAGCAUCAUGACUUAGAAGAUCAUAUUUACGAGCUUAAACAUAAGUUAAAACAUAAAAAAUACAGUGAGAAAACGAGAUCAAACGAAUCGCUGGAGUUAGAUAGAAUCGAUAGAAUUAUCGAAAGACAAACACGUACAUUGGAGGCACUCGAUCUCGCUAUAAAUCGAAGAAAAAACGUCCUUGAAAGCACAGAAGAACUCUCUUGUUUGGACGAAGAAAUAAUGGCAAAAAGGGCUGAAUUAAGUCGAGCAAAGCGAUUGUUAGAAAAAACUCACCAAGAAUUGCAUGAUGCUGCACAACUUUCCAAGAAUAGAAAAACUGAUAAUUCGUAUGAAACCAUUAGUAGAACUCAACCAAUAGAACAAGUCAAAAGGGACUUAGAAACAGUUGUUAAAGAAGUUAAUCAGCUAUUAUUAGAAAAGGAUACAGAAUUUCAAAAUAUAACGGAAGAAGUCAGAAGAGCAGAGGAACACUUGGAGAAUUUGCAACAUAAUAUACAACAAUCAGAAACAGAAUAUAAAGAUUCGGAGAAGAAGUUAAACGAGUUAAGUAGCGUAAUAAACGACAGACUUCAAGAUGCCAAAUCCUUAGAUGAUAAUCUAAAGAGAAAGAGAAUGGAAUUGAAGGAAAUUCAGGAGAGAUCUGCUGCAGAAAAGGACACUGCUGAUUUAAGAAUGGCUGAAUUAGAAGCUAAAUCUGUCCUACUUGCCAAACAUCUCGAUCUUAUAGAAAAGUCUAUAGAUCAGAGUCAACUACUUAUUGAAGAAACAAAAAGUAUUCCAAAGAAGGAAGCCUCGGUCAAUACAGACAAUGAUUAUGGAUAUUCAAGUAUGGCUAGUAAAAUAUCAAAUUCAUCUUGUAUUCAAUGCGACCUAGCCGAUCUGAAUUCUAUGACAAUCAAGAUAACAGAUUUGGAGCAAGGAGUUCAAGAUCGCGAAAGAGAGUUGGAACAAUUUAAAGGAGAGAAUUCUUCAUUAGAAAGUAAAAUUAAAAAUUUAGAGGAACAAAUGCAGACCGAAGCUAAGAAUCGAGAUUUUGAAAACCAUCAGUGGACUUCCAAGAUGAACGACUUACGUAAUAUUGCACAGGCUCAUUAUGUAAGGGCAAACCGAUUGGGUAAUGAUCUGAAUGAAAUGAGAGCUGAAUACGUUGCAUUACAUAAUAGGACCAAGGAGUUGCAAGAAAAAAUUCCCGAAACUGACAUUCUACCCGAAAGAGAUUUAUCUAGUCCUGUAUCGGUGGACGAAGGUAUCGAUACCAAAAAGAUAUUAAUGGAGAAAAAAUUGACAUCACAAAUGGAGGAAGACCUUUUAUGGCUUAAAAGAAAAUUAAGUGCAAUUCGAACUGACGGCGCAGUUACCGGCUUGGAGCAGCUAACUCAUUGA